AUUCGAAGCCGGUUGGCUGUCAAGAGGUCUAUGGCCUAUGGAGAGAAUUUAUUUCAAUUCAAUUCAACAAUUUAUAAGUUAUUGAGACAGUGAAUGUUUAUUUACGCCGCGCCGUACUGUGAGUUGUAACCAGGUGUAGAGCAAUACAUAAUGAUUAUCCCGAGCCCGUUUGUUUACUGGGCUCAAACAGAGAGUGCGAUUUCAUUGAAGAUUGAACUAAAAAAUGUUAUAAAACCUGAUGUGAAUGUUCUCGAAAAUAACAUUAAAUUCUCAGCAGAAGGGGUAGGGGCCCGAGGCGAGAGUCUUUAUGAGUUUAGUUUGGAUUUAUAUUCAUCUAUAAAAACAGCUGAAAAUAACCAUGUUCCCACAGUCCGUGUGUUUGAGAACCGAGUGGACAUCAUCUUACAGAAGGACAAGCCUGCUUGGUGGCCCAGAUUGACUGCUCAACCACAGAAGCCUGCCUGGCUAAAGAUAAAUUUUGACCUCUGGAAGUCAGAGGACGCUGGGGACAGUGAGGACGAAAAGCGUGACGUCAUGAAGGACUACCCGGGGAUGUACGACAAACUGCAUAAAGAAGAAAUGGGCUACAGAAGAGAGGACUUAAAAAAGGUGUACCUGAAGCUAUACAACCUAUUCCAAUUCAUUGGCUAUACCUACGUGCUAACUGUCAUGGCGGUGCGCUACGCUAAGCUAGAAUAUGACUCCGUGGCUGAUACUUAUGAACAUGUGGGACCGGCCAUGAAGUUCCUCCAGCUGCUGCAGUAUCUUGAAGUUAUGCAUCCGCUGUUUGGGUAUACUAGGGGUGGAGUACUAGUACCAUUCUUGCAAGUAAGCGGGCGAGCGUUUGUGUUGUUCGUUAUGAUUGAAGCAGAGCCGCGCAUGCAUACCAAGCCUGUGGUAUUCUACCUAUUCGUCAUGUGGAGCAUGAUUGAAGUUGUCAGGUACCCCUACUACAUAUCACAACUCUACAAAAGGGAGUUCUACAUCCUGACCUGGCUGCGCUACACAAUGUGGAUACCUCUCUAUCCCAUAGGCAUCAUAUGCGAGGCCAUAGUCAUACUACGGAAUAUACCCUACUUCGAAGAAACUCAGAAGUUUACCGUCUCUCUGCCAAAUGAAUGGAACUUUGCUUUCCAUAUGCCAACCUUUUUGAGGGUAUACCUCCUCUUCCUAACAUUCCCAGGAAUGUACUUCGUAAUGAGUCAUAUGCAUAAACUAAGAACUGUCAAAUUGAAGCCAAAGAUUAUUAUUAAGAAGUCCAAGUAGGUUAGUUUUGAGGUUUUUCUCACCAAUGUUUUUUGAAAUGGUGCGAAAUUCUCUGGUGUAUGGGUUUUUUAUCCCUUCAAGUCCACUUAAUAAUACGUAUACACAGUAUUAAGCAUUUAAUGGAUGUCUUAAAAUUAUAAAUUGCACAAAAUGAUUUGCAUACCAUAAUGUUAAGCGUAUAUUACUCAUAUUCACACAUUAAAUAAUCAGACAUUAUCGAUUCAAUAGUAUGUAAUAAAUAAAUAUUCAUGCAUGUACAAUUUUUGCAAAAGGAAUACUGUUUCAGUCAUUUUUCUGACACGAUGAUUUGUUAAAAUAAAAUGGUAUUUCAUAUUAUUUAGCCAAAAUUCAUCCAUGUGCCUACCAGCUUUUAGACAAUAGUUUGAAGCAUUGUAGGAUCAGUAACAUCCUUAUUUAUUGUGGAGGUCUCUCUAAAAUAGUAAAAGGUUUUAGUUAAUUAGCAAAUGAGUUAGAUAUUUGGAAAGUAUUAUGGGAUAUGGUCAAUUAUUAUGUUAGCAGCCUGUAAGAUAGGCCUAUUUCUGUCCCUCUUAAGUUUCAUUUUAUACUGCUUAUUCUUUUAUUGAAAGAAUAUCUAUUAUGAUAGGGUAAAAGUCUUAUGUCUACUAACAUAAUUAUAGUAUACUGAGAUUAAAUAUUUGUACAUUGUAGGAUACUUGCAUUUUCUAGAGGCUCUGUCUUGAAUUUGAGCCUUAUGAAGCUGAAAUUGGUCUGACGUUGCUAAUGUAAAAUGCAACUUAAUUAAU